CCCUUGUGCAGCUCUCUGGACGUUCCCUUCCCAUCGUCUCGUGAGGCCAACAUCGCUCUGCGCUCUCUAUCACCAGACCGAGAGCCGAGAAAAGGCGGCAUCAGCAAAGAGCUCACAGUGUCUGGCAGCACGUUGUCUGUGAGGUGGAGCGCAGAUGAAGCUCGAAUCCUUCGAGUGUCUGUGGACUCCUUUCUGGAUCACCUGUUGCUCGUUCUGGAGACCAUGGAGAUGUUUGGCUCCCCAGUUUCCCAAUGAAGCCUCACAAAUGACUGUGACUCUGAUUCUGUGAUCCUCUUGUCCUCUACUGGAGUUUUAGGUGCAACAUCAGGAAGAGAAACCUGGUUGUUACUGUAAGG